UUCUCUCUCUCUAUCUCUCCCCCUCUCCCCCUCUCCCUCCCUCCCUCCGGAUUGAUGUCACAUCCUGCGCUAGUUCCCGGACUCCACACUCGGGCUGUGAGCGCCUCUCUCUCCGCUCCGCUCCGCUCCGCCUGCUCUGCCCGCUCACUCACUCGCUCACUCGCUGCCGGUGGGGCUGAGAUGCGGCUGCAGGCAGGUGCCUGACCCGGACCGAGCCAGGGAGAGUGAGAGAGGGGGGGGAGAGAGUGAGAGAGGGAGGGAGGGGGAAGGGGCAGCGACGCCGAGCCGAGCCGAGCCGGGACAAGGCAGGCGGGACAGCAGGUGCAGGACAGCCCGGGACAAGCGCACAGGGAGCGAGAGCAACAUGAAGCCACAGCCCGCGGGCAGGAGGGAGCGCGGCCGAGCCCGGCUCCUCAUCCUCGGGGUCUUGCUCAUCAGUGUCCAGCUCACCCAGGUACUACCAGAUAAUGCGGAGGAUGGCUGGCGAGUGUUCAGCUCCGCGCCUGACAGCGAGGGGAGGUGUAUCUGCACCGUGGUGGCCCCCCAGCAGACUCUGUGCUCACGUGAUGCUCGCACCAAGCAGCUGCGGCAGCUCCUGGAGAAGGUGCAGAACAUGACUCAGUCCAUCGAGGUGCUGGACCAACGGACCCAGCGGGACCUCCAGUACGUGGAGAAAAUGGAAACACAGAUGCGAGGCUUGGAGUCAAAGUUCCGACUGGUGGAGGAGUCUCACAAAGCACAUCUCUCCCGACAGUUUCAGGCCCUAAAAUCGAAAAUGGAUGAACUGUUGCCAUUGAUCCCCGUGCUGGAGCAGUAUAGAGCUGACGCUAAGUUGGUGUUGCAGUUUAAGGCGGAAGCAACGAAUCUGACGGCUGUACUGGCCACACUGCAGGAGGAGAUCGGAGCGUAUGACUACGAGGAGCUCCUGGGCAGAGUCUCCAGUCUUGAGGACAGGCUUCGGGCCUGCAUGCAAAAAUUAGCCUGCGGCAAGCUGACGGGGAUCAGUAACCCGGUCACCAUCAAGACGUCAGGAUCGCGGUUCGGAGCCUGGAUGACUGACCCGGCCUCGCCAGAGGGCGACACCAAGGUUUACUACAUGGAUGGUUACCACAACAACCGCUUUGUGCGGGUGUACAAGUCGCUGCAGGACUUCACGAGCACGGACAAUUUCACGGUGCAUCGGCUGCCGCACCCGUGGUCGGGCACGGGGCAGGUGGUCUACAACCAGACGCUCUACUUCAACAAGUACCAGAGCCACAUCAUCAUCAAGUUCCACAUCCCCAGCGAGCGCCUGCUGAUCCAGCGCAGCCUGGACUACGCCGGCUACAACAACGUGUACCCCUACUCGUGGGGGGGCCACUCCGACAUCGACCUGAUGGUGGACGAGGGCGGCCUGUGGGCCGUCUACGCCACCAACCAGAACGCGGGCAACAUCGUCAUCAGCAAGCUGGACCUGGUGACGCUGGAGGUGGUGCGCAGCUGGAACACGGGCUACCCCAAGCGCAGCGCCGGCGAGACCUUCAUGAUCUGCGGCACCCUCUACAUGACCAACUCCCACCUGGGUGGCGCCAAGGUCUACUACUCGUACAACACCAACACCUCCACCUACGAGUACACCGACAUCCAGUUCCACAACCAGUACUCCCACAUCUCCAUGUUGGAUUACAAUCCCAAGGACAGAGCCCUGUACACCUGGAACAAUGGUCACCAGGUCCUCUACAAUGUCACCCUCUUUCACAUCAUAAAGUCCGACGAAUUCUAAAUCUCGCCUUCAUUUAUACGGCGGGGCAGUCCAUAGAGAGAGAUAUAGAUCUGUAGAGGUGUACAGGUGCAUAUAUAUUCUGUAGAAACAACACUUAGCAUCAUUGACUGUCUAGGUUAUUCUCCUCGUUUGAGAGAGCUUCUCGUUAAACAUUGACUUUGUCCGGUUCCCAACACAACAAGAGCUGGAGUCGGACUCAACCAGGAAUGGACACUUUCCUGCCCAUCCUUCUCCUAGUCCUCCAUCUUUGUCCUCCACUUCUCCGUUUCCCCCUCUCCAUCAUGUCCCCCCAUCUCUCCCUCUCGCAACGCUUUCUCCAUCUGGGAGCUCCAUCAUAUCAUCUCACCCACUCUGCCCGACCUUCCCUUCUACCCCUCUCACCCUCCAUUCAAUCCCUCUGCCACCUCCCCACCCUUCCUGAUCUUGCCUCCAGGCCCCGUUCCCUGCCCUUCUGCCCGCUCUCCUCUCACUUCAUCUCUCCCCUCACCUACCAACUCCACAUUUUACUCUUUCCCACUCUAUUCCCACUCCAUUUCCCCCCCCCCCCCCCUCCUCCUAACCUCACCCCCCCCCCCCCCCCCCCCCACCCCCCUCAAAUGUUGAGGGGGGGGGGGG